AUGUGGAUUUGUGGAGCGAAAUGGCCAGAAAUUGCUGGGGAUGAUAGUGCACCAAUGUGCAAUGGUUGUACCAUGUGCAAUGGUAGAUUUUUAGAAAAACAAUCUGAUGAGGCAUGGGAGUAUUUGGAUUCCCUUGCUGAGACUGCCCAACUUUGGGAUAACGGGGAUAGAAACAACAAGUCUUUGCCUAAGCCUACUAGCUCUGUACAUGGAGGCCUUUACAACCUCAGAACUGAGGAUGAUCUUCACGCUAAAAUGGCAGCCCUCACUAGGAAGGUAGAAGAAAUUGAGCUUAGGAAGGUUGAGCCUGUCAAGACUAUAGAGCUUAGAAACGAGUGUUGUGGUAUCUGCGAUAUGUCGGGUCAUACUACUACUGAUUGUCCCACCAUACCGGCAUUCAAAGAAGCCUUGCACGAUCAAGCAAAUGCUAUGAACUCCUACCAAAAGUCUUAUAACGAUCCAUACUCGAAUACCUAUAACCCUGGUUGGAAGAAUCAUCCAAACUUUAGGUGGAGAAACGAUCAUCCUCAACAGUCACACCAUUCAGCUCCUCCACCUGCACAUCCUACUUAUGCACCAUCACCUUCUCAAAAGCCAAAUAUCGAGGAUACCUUGCAAUGCAUACAAACUUUUCUACAAGGUCAAGCUAAUAUCAAUGCUCAAAAUACUCGAAAUUUUGAAGACAUAAGGAACCAAUUGUCAAUGUUGACUACCGUCCUAAGUACCCAAGAGAAGGGUAAGCUUCCAGCUCAACCCCAACCUAACCCACAAGUGCACGGUAGUAAUAAUACGGCUCCCUCUAGUUCGCAUACAGAACAUGCAAAAAGCAUCAUGACUUUGCGUAAUGGGAAAGUCAUUGAUCAAACCCCGUUGCAAAAGCUCGAACCUAAUUCUGAAAUUCUUGAACUUUUUAAACAAGUAAAGAUCAACAUACCUCUUCUUGAUGCAAUCAAACAAGUACCCUUAUAUGCCAAAUUUUUGAAGGACUUGUGUACUGUCAAACGCCGAUUAAAUAUUAAGAAGAAGGCAUUUUUAACUGAAAAUGAUAAUGCCAAAACCACAAGGCAAAUGCAACGAAGGUUAAAUCCUACAAUGAGAGAUGUGGUUAAGGCAGAAGUCCUCAAGUUGCUUGACGUGGGUAUUAUUUACCCAAUUUCCGACAGUAAGUGGGUAAGCCCUACUCAAGUCGUUCCUAAGAAAUCGGGUUUGACGGUAGUAGAAAAUGAACAAGGUGAACUAGUUCCAACUCGUGUCCCGACGAGUUGGCGCAUGUGUGUUGACUACCGAAAGCUGAAUUUGGUCACACGAAAGGAUCACUUUCCUCUACCCUUCCUAGACCAGGUGUUGGAGAGAGUUGCAGGGCAUGAUUUCUAUUAUUUUCUCGAUGGCUAUUCGGGAUAUUAUCAAAUUGAAAUUUCACCAGAAGAUCAAGAGAAGACUACCUUCACUUGUCCUUUUGGCACAUUUGCUUUCCGACGAAUGCCAUUCGGGUUGUGUAAUGCAUCUGCAACAUUCCAAAGAUGCAUGCUCAGCAUCUUUGAAGAUAUGAACGAGAAAUUUUUGGAAGUGUUCAUGGACGACUUCUCCAUUUUUGGCGACACAUUUGAUGAUUGCUUGUCACAUUUACAAGCUGUCUUAGCUCGAUGUAUGGAAAAGAAUUUGAUACUGAAUUGGGAGAAAUGCCACUUCAUGGUGCCAAAGGGAAUUGUCUUAGGAUAUAUUGUUUCAUCGAAGGGCAUGGAAGUAGAUAGAGCUAAGACUGAUUUAAUUGCUAAGCUACCUGCACCCAAGAUGGUUAGAGAUGUUAGAUCAUUUUUGGGUCACGCCGGAUUUUAUAGGAGAUUCAUCAAGGACUUUAGUGUCAUAUCUCGACCAUUAUGUAAUCUCCUAUCCCUUGAUACACCGUUCAAUUGGACUGAAACUUGCCAAGAUGCAUUCGAGAAGUUAAAGUCUAUGCUUAGCACUGCACCCAUCGUUCGACCACCCGAUUGGUCAUUACCUUUUGAGAUUAUGUGCGACGCUAGCGACUAUGCAAUAGGAGCUGUCUUAGGACAACGCAAGGAUAAUAAGCCAUAUGUCAUUUACUAUGCAAGCAAAACCUUAAACGAUGCUCAAAUGAAUUACACUACCACCGAAAAGGAAUUGCUUGCAGUAGUAUUUGCCUUAGAUAAAUUUCGCUCUUAUAUCCUUGGUGCUCCUAUUAUUAUCUUCACGGACCAUGCGGCACUAAAAUAUUUGUUGGAUAAGAAAGAGGCCAAACCACGCUUAAUACGAUGGAUACUUCUACUCCAAGAAUUUGACAUCACUAUCAAAGAUAAAAAAGGAGUAGAGAAUGUAGUUGCUGACCAUUUAUCACGAUUAGUUUUUCAUGAUUUAGUGCCACAAUUUUUCAUCAAGGACUCAUUCCCUGAAGAGCAGUUGUUUGUACUUUCUAGUAUACCAUGGUAUGCAGAUAUUGUAAAUUUUCUUGUUACAAGCCGGAUGCCGGAGCAUUGGGGGUCGACAGAUAGAAAAAUUUUCUUGCGCGAAGUAAAGAAUUAUUACUAUGACGAACCCUAUUUAUUUAAAUAUUGCAAUGAUCAAAUCUUUAGACGAUGCAUAUCGGAUCAUGAAACCAGUGGCCAGGUAGAGUUAGCCAAUCGAGAGAUCAAACGUAUUUUAGAGAAAACGGUGAACCCAUCACGGAAAGAUUGGUCCUUGAAACUAUCAGAUGCAUUAUGGGCUUAUCGUACUGCAUACAAAACCAAUCUUGGCAUGUCUCCCUACCGGCUAGUCUACGGAAAAGCGUGUCAUUUGCCCGUAGAAAUAGAACAUAAAUCGUAUUGGGCAAUUAGAAAAUUGAAUUUUGAUUUACAAGAUGCCGGUCUAGCUAGAAAAUUGCAAUUAAACGAGCUUAAUGAGAUUCGCAGAGAUGCUUAUGACAAUGCUAAAAUUUGCAAAGAACGAAUGAAGAUCUUACAUGAUAAAUCAAUUUUAAAAAAAUCUUUUGAACCUUUGCAAAAAGUUCUUUUAUAUGAUUCCCGCUUACAUCUGUUUUCUGGUAAGUUGCGAUCGAGAUGGACAGGUCCUUACAUUAUAAAAACUGUUUUUCCACAUGGGGCGGUUGAGAUUGAGAAUCCACGGGAUGGUAGAAUU